AUGUCUCGACGACCACCGCCAGACGAUAUCUACGAAAAGGACAGCUUCUACGAAGAAGUCGAUCGAAGACGACGAAGCAAAGACGACCGUUACUUUGAUCCCGAUUAUGAUGAUGUUCGACGACGUCGCUUAACACGCUCCCCACCUGCUGUCCGCGAGAUAGACGAGCGAGUCCGAGUCCGCCGUCGGGACAGCUCUGCGCCGGAUGUCCUUCGUGACCGUUUCUUACCUCCACGAGAUGAAGACGUUAUCUCACCGCAACGUCGUGAGAGAGAGCGCCUAGAUGAUCUGAGAUUACAACGAGAGACGGACGAACUUUACAUCCGACGCGGGACUCCACAGCUGUCUCGUCAUCGUCCGAGGGGGGCUUCGAGGGAGGAAGUCAUACUUGAUGAAGGUGAUGAGAUUGAUGACUACCGCAAGCGACCACGGGAUAAAGAGAGGGUUGUUUUCGAAGAGCGGAGGGAGUCUUCACGUCCGCCUCGUGAAGAGGACGAGCGCGAUGAGGUUAUCAUCCGCCGGCGGGACCGAUCAUUACCACCUCGCCGAGCAAGAGAAGACGAGGAGGGCAUCACCAUCGAAAAGGAGAAAAGGCGGAUUGACCCUCGCGAGGAGACUUACAAUGAUGAAAAAGUCGUCUUCCGCCAUCGUGAUCGUCCGCGGCGUGAUGACUUUGAGCACGAGAGAAUCAACCGCUAUAGACGCUCGAUGCCGCCGCUUGAAGACUUCAGAGCAGAAGAAGAUGAGGUUGUUAUUCGUCACAAGCAUGAGUCUCCUGGUGGCCGACGUCGCCGUCAUCAUCGAGAUGAGAGAUAUCUGCCCAACGAUGAUGAUGAGCGGGAAGAAAUUAUUUUCCGAGAGCGCGAUCGACAGAAGCAAGAAGAGAUCGAAAUACGCCGAGCGGAAAGGUCUCCUCCCCGACGGCGACGAGAUGAUGAUGAGAUUGAUGAUGUCCUCAUUUGUCGACGAAGUCGUUCCAUUCCACCGCCAAGGGAAGAUGAUCGGGAUGAGAUUGUUAUUAAGCACAGGAACCGGUCGUCCUCGAGGAGAGAAGAUGAUCGGGAAGAGGUUAUAAUGCGCGAGCGCGAUCGCUCUGCCCGACGAAGACAUGACGAUCCGGAUGAAAUUCGUAUCAAACACAGAAAUUGGCCAUCACCUCGAAGGGAAGAUGGUCGGGAAGAAGUCAUCAUACGCAAGCGCGACCGUUCCGCUCCACGAAGAGAAGAGGGUGAUGAUCGGGAGGAGAUACGAGUCCGACACCGCCAUCAUUCUUCGCGGCCCAGAGAUGAUGAUGACGAUGAUGAUGAUGGCCGCGAAGAAGUCAUUAUACGCAAAGACAAGCAUGGAAGAAGAAAAUCACUAAACCGUGAUAUUGAAGAAGACGAAUUGAUCGUGGGUGAUGACGACCGAGGGAGAGAUCGCAUCGAAUUCCGACAUGUUCAUAGCCCACAUAGCAGUCCACGACGUUCUUCUUCCCGAAGUAAAGGGAAAGAAGAAAUCAUAAUCAAGGAAAAUGACAGACGGAGACCAGAAGCUAGUCGAGAGGUCAUUAUACGUAAGGAGGGAUCGUCGUCGUCAGAGUCGUCGCGUGAACCUUCUAUCGUUCGCAAACCGCCUAUUUUGCAAGAAGUUAUCACGCAUCACCGCCAUAUUGACAGCUACGAGAUCGUUCCGCCUGUCCGACGAGGUAGCCCUGAAGCCGAAUCACUUGCCGACGAGGUGGACGUAGUGGAUAUAAAGCGAAGAAGUGAAAAACAAGGGCGAUCAGUCGAAGAAGAAAUCAUCAUCGACAAGGGCAAAGAAAGAAGCCUAUCUCCACGUCGACGACCUCUUAUUCCCGAGCAAGAGGACGAAUUGAUCAUCACGCGAACAAAGUCCAGCGAUCGUGGAGUCGAAAAAGAAAUCGAAACCUGGGAGCGUGAGCGUGACAAAGAGACGAGAGACCUAGAACUUGAAAGGGAAAUAGCCAUUCGAGAACGCGAGCGCAGAGAAGAGAUAGACCCCUUCCCCGAGACGAAAGAAGAAGUCCGCGUCCAUAAAAGACAUACGGACACCAGAAGAAAACGCAACAAACUCUGGACGGAAAUCUCCAAGGACCUCGUCGUCCGAGAGGCGCUCGAGCGAGCAGGUUACCAAUUCGAUGAGACGAUGAAUUUCUACUAUGUGUUUGAGUACCUUCGCUACGACGAUGUCGAAAAACUCGUCGACCUUAGCGAGGAUAUACGCCGAUUCCGCCGCGAACGAAUACGAGGCAUACGGCAUGAACGAGAGAGACUUCCACCGCUUCCAGUAAUUCCUGGUCCACCCCCUAUUCCACCACGGCCGCCGUUGAUGGUGGAACGGGGACCCUUCCGGGAGCCAUAUCCAUGGGAGGAGCGCGAUCGGUAUCGCGAAAGCGAUGUGAUUAUUGAAGAAGGACGACGGCCGAGACGGUAUCGAGAGAUUUGA